AUGAGCACCAUCUUCCACCCGCGGGAGCACGAGGAUCCGCGGCCUCAGCGCGGCGCCUUACCGGCGAUCGCCAGCCCAGCGCCGCACGAAACGAACGCCGCCUCGCAGAGUCUAAAUGGCACCUGGCGCUUCCGGUACACCGAGACGGUUGAGGCGCCGGACGGCGAGGGCGACGCAUUCGCGGACCCGGGAUACAGCGACAAGAAGUGGGCCAGCAUGCCGGUUCCCGCGCAUUGGGUGCUGAACGGAUAUGGCGCGCCGCAGUAUCAGAAUAUCAAGUACCCUUUCCCCGUUGAUGCGCCGUACGUCCCCGACCAGAACCCGACGGGCUGGUAUCGGUACUCGUUCACGCCAAAGUGGGACGCGCAUAAGGAGCGCGGGAUGAGCUGGUACAAGGUCUGGGUCAACGGGCAGUUCGUCGGAAGCAGCACGGGUUCCAGGCUGCCAGCCGAGUUCGACGUGACCGACGUCCUGAAGAAGGGCAAGAACGUUAUCGCCGUGCGCGUGCACCAGUGGAGUGCUGCCAGCUACCUCGAGGACCAGGACGAGUGGUGGCUACCUGGCAUCUUCCGCGAUGUGACACUUCUCCACCGGCCGCACGGGUGCGUGCAAGACUACUUCAUCCGGACCGAGUACGACCACAAAAGCGGCAAGGGAACGGUCUGGCACGACUCGGACGGCUGUGUCCUCAGCAUUCCGGAGCUCGGGAUCAAGACGCCUGGCGACAAGAUGACGAUUGACGUCGAGCCGUGGUCUGCCGAGUCGCCGAAGCUCUACAAGGCGGUCUUGACGAGCAAGAACGGCAGCGAGGAGAUCACGCUCAAGAUCGGCUUCCGAACCGUCACAACGAACGGGGGCGUGUUCCGUGUGAAUGGCCGCCCCGUCAAGCUAAACGGCGUAAACCGGCACGAAUUCCACCCCGACCUGGGGCGCGCGGUCUCGCAGGAGAGCAUGGAGCAAGACAUCAAGCUGAUGAAGGCUCACAACGUGAACGCAGUGCGCACGUCGCACUACCCGCCAAACCGGGCGUGGCUCGACCUCUGCGACGAGUACGGACUGUACGUGAUCGACGAGUGCGACUACGAGACGCACGGAUUCAGCGAAGUCGGGUGGGAGAACAACCCGAGCGACAGCGAGCGCUGGACGCCCGCGCUCAUGAGCCGUGUGCAGCGCAUGUGGAAUCGGGACAAGAACCACACCUGCAUCGUCAUGUGGAGUCUAGGCAACGAAGCCGGAAUCGGCAUCAACCAGGCGCGCAUGUCGUGGUGGCUGAAGCAGCGCGACGACCGACCGAUCCACUACGAGGGCGACUAUGAGUGCAAGUACGUCGAUGUCUACUCGCGGAUGUACUCUUCGCACGCCGACGUUGCUGCCGCGGGCAAGAGGGAGGAGGAGAAGCUACCGGACGGAAAACAGGAUGCGCACCGUCGCGGUCUCCCCUUCCUGCUGUGCGAGUACGGGCACGCAAUGGGCAACGGUCCCGGCGGGUUGACGGAGUACCAAGACCUAUUCCAGCGGUACGAGCGUCUCAUGGGUGGGUUCAUUUGGGAGUGGAUCGACCACGGCUUCCCCCGAAAGACGAAGGACGGCGAGAAGUACUACGUCUACGGAGGCGACUUCGGUGAGGAAAUCACAGAUGGCAACUUCUGCAUCGACGGUCUUCUCUUCCCGAACCGCAAGCCCAGUCCGGCUCUCUUGGAGCUCAAGAAGGUCAUCGAGCCGCUCCGCAUGACCGUGCAGAAUGGACACCUGACGAUCGAGUCUCGCUAUGACUUUAUCGACACAAGCCAUCUCGCGCUCACGUGGGAUCUCCAAGCGGAGGGAAAGAGUAAGGGUAGCGGGGAUCUGGAGGUGGAUCCCGUGGCCGCUCGUGCACGCUUGACGGUCCCUCUGCCGGCUGAGGCUCUACAGGGUCCUGGCGGCGAAACGUAUGUCACGAUUACCGCCGCGCUGAAGAAGGGCACGAAGUGGGCGAAGAAGGGUCACGUCGUGGCAUGGACUCAAGAGCGUGUUGCGCCGGCGACGCAAGUCGACAUUCUCUCCGGCGAGCUGGCGGCUGUCGAGAUCGGGGACAACAUAAAGCUGGGUGCUGCCGAAUUCACGGCCCGGGGCCAGCUCAUCUCAUUGGGAGGCAUCAAGUUCCUCUCCCCUCUGAACGUGCAGCUCUGGCGCGCGCCGACCGACAACGACCGCAACUGGCUUGCGAAGUACUGGCUCCAGUACGGGUUGGACCGGCUGCACGAGCGCGUGGACGGCAUCGACGUACGCAGCGGCCACAUCACGGUCAGCACGCUAGUUUGCCCAGCAGCAACGAACAAGGGAUACCGCGUCACAUACACCUACGCCGCACCCAGGGACAGCAAGGACAAGAGCCUGCACAUCCACGUGCGUCUGGCGCCGUUUGGCUGGCUGUCCGGCUUAUGGACGUUGCCCCGUGUAGGCGUCGAGUUCGCGAUCGACAAGAGCCACAAGGGCGUGAAGUGGUACGGCCUCGGACCCGGAGAGGCAUAUCCCGACUCGAAGGCGCACGUAGCCGUCGGAGACCACGCGCUCGACAUCGAUGACUGGGCCACGCCCUACGUCCGUCCUCAGGAGAACGGAAAUAGGAUGGGCGUCCGCCGCGCCCUCAUCAGUACAUCCUCUGCUGCUGCGCUCACGACCGAAAGCUGGUUCGGCGGGAACAGGGGCGGGCUCGAAGUUGUCUCCGACCCGAGGCAGGACAAGGACGACGAGGAGAUUUGGGGCACGGGCUGCAACCUCACCGUGCGCCGGUGCACGAGCAAGCAGCUCGGCUCCGCAACGCACACGCCCGAUAUUCCCGACGACGGCAAGGUCUGGGUCAACAUUGACUACAAGCACUCGGGUCUGGGUAGUGCGUCCUGCGGACCGGGGCCGCAGGAGAAGUACUACAUCAAGGCGGACGCGCCGAUCACGUUCGGGUUCACGCUCCGCGCUGUCUGA